CCGCAGGGAUGGAAGAGAGGGAGCGGCCGUCAUUCCCUGCCGGAGCCGGGCCGGCCGCGCCGCCAGCAGCGGGAGGGGCUCGGCUGCUCCCCGGCACCGCUCUCGUUCCUGCCCUGCCCCGGCCCCGCCGCCGAGGAGGCUGACGGCGCUCCGGGCUCAUCCUGCGGGCUCGCUUCGAGCUGCUCCGGCUUCCCCCGGCCGGCUCUGCCGCUCCGCGCGUCCUGGGGCUGCGCAGCGCACGAUGGAGGCUCGCCCUGCCAAUUUCUUCCGCCUUGCCUAAUCUGAAGGUAUGUACCACUCCUGGUGUGGUUUAUAAACCCAGCUUCUGAAAAGGAGGAUUCUGUGGCUCAGCAAGUGGCCCUAGCAGGGGGUGUAUCCCUGGAGUCACAUCCAAGGGGAGAAGACACUUGCAGGAGCAGCGAAGGGAUGCAAAGUUGUCUUCCAAGAUGACUCUUAUGCCUGGAGAAAAUUCCGACUAUGACUAUAGUGCCCUGAGCUGUACUUCAGAUGCUUCCUUCAACCACACAUUCUUUCCAGAAUCUGAAACCCUCAAGGGAGUGUUUUACCAAAGAGCCAGGCUAAUCCACCCUCAGGAGGAUCUCCUCAAAGGCUUCCACCCCGACGACCGCAAGCGUCACAUAAUUAUCAACGUGGGGGGCAUCAAGUACCUGCUCCCCUGGACCACGCUGGAUGAGUUCCCCCUGACACGUUUGGGACAGCUCAAGUUCUGCACUAAUUUUGACGACAUUCUGAACAUCUGUGACGAUUAUGAUGUGACGUGCAAUGAAUUCUUCUUCGACCGCAACCCGGGGGCGUUCAGGACCAUCCUGACCUUCCUGCGGGUCGGCAAACUCCGGCUCUUGCGGGAGAUGUGUGCGCUGUCCUUCCAAGAGGAGCUGCUCUACUGGGGCAUUGAGGAAGACAACUUGGACUGGUGUUGUAAAAGGAGAUACCUGCAAAAAAUGGAGGAGCUCACAGAGAUUAAUGAACGGGAGGAUGACCUCCUAGAAAAUGAAACAACAGGUGAAACAGUAGAGGAGACAAAAAUUGGUUUGUGCAUGAGAAAGUUGCAAGACAUGGUGGAAAGGCCCCAGUCUGGCCUUCCUGGAAAGGUGUUUGCGUGUUUGUCUGUUUUGUUUGUAACUAUUACAGCAGUGAACUUAUCCAUCAGCACCAUGCCUGACCUGAGGGAGGAGGAGGAAAAGGGUGAGUGUUCCCAGAUGUGCUACAAUAUUUUCAUUGUGGAGUCUGUGUGUGUGGCAUGGUUCUCCCUGGAGUUCCUGCUCAGAUUCAUCCAGGCCAAGAGCAAGUUCUCCUUCCUGCGGAGGCCGCUGACGCUGAUAGACAUAAUCGCCAUCCUGCCCUACUACAUCACCCUGCUGGUGGACACGGGCUCCGAGGGCUCCAAGAAGCCCAGCUCGGGCAACAUCUACCUGGACAAGGUGGGGCUGGUGCUGCGGAUCCUGCGGGCGCUGCGCAUCCUGUACGUGAUGCGGCUGGCGCGGCACUCGCUGGGGCUGCAGACGCUGGGGCUGACGGCGCGGCGCUGCACGCGUGAGUUCGGGCUGCUGCUGCUCUUCCUCUGCGUGGCCAUCGCGCUCUUCGCGCCCCUGCUCUACGUCAUCGAGAACGAGAUGGCCGACUCGCAGGAGUUCACCAGCAUCCCCGCCUGCUACUGGUGGGCCGUCAUCACCAUGACCACCGUGGGCUACGGGGACAUGGUGCCCAGGAGCAUCCCCGGGCAGGUGGUGGCCCUGAGCAGCAUCCUGAGCGGCAUCCUCCUCAUGGCCUUCCCGGUCACCUCCAUCUUCCACACCUUCUCCCGCUCCUACCUGGAGCUGAAGCAAGAGCAGGAGAGGAUCAUGUACAGGAGAGCACAGUUCCUGCUGAAAGCCAAGUCUCAGAUGAGCAAUGAGUCACAAGGCAGCGAGGUUUUGUUCACCACUCUCUCUUCCGAGGCUAGGGACAAUGAAUGAAAUUUACAUUACUGUUUCCCUUGCUGUCACUGUAUCAGACUCCAUCUUUUAAUUCCCUCUGGAAGCACCUUACAAAGGUAAUCCUCACAUUAAAAUGAAGAGAAGGAGCUCUAACCAGGACCUGAUGUGGUUUAAGAAGUCUGUUAUUAUGCUGUUCCUUCCUCCCCCCCAUGUAACGUAUAGGGCAGAACUUACACCGAGAUCAUGCAGUGGGAUUUAAGGAUUUAAAACUUCUCUGGCAACAAAAAAAAAAUAGAGCAACAUAUAAUUAUGCACUUGACAGGCUGUUUUGCCAUUUGUAAUACACAUUUUUCCAACCGAAUCACAAUGUACAUAAUCAUUAAACAGGCUACCAUUUUUCUUGUUCUUGUAUAUAAAUAAUGUAAAUACAUCAGAAUUAAUGGCUGAAUUCUCUCCCAGUAACACGCCUUAGAGCGUAAUGGAAAUAACCACAGAUAUUUGUCCCAUUGUGCUUUUAAAAAGCGUCAAGUAAGAUUCGUCACUCGCCACAGAACCAGCUCUUUCCUUGCAAGUCAGCCCUACCCACAGCAGAACACAGAAGAAUUGAGCUGUUUAUAGCAUAACCUCGCUAAAGAUGUAAAUACUCAGAGCUCACCAGCUUCAAACUUUAAUUGAUGUUACAGCAUUGAUCCGAUGCCAUCGAAUGCAACAUUCCGAGGAACAAAGCCUCGGAGUUUUGUAGCACUUAAUGUUAUUAUCAAGAGGUGACUAGCUGCAAAUCCAGUGAAAUAUGCAUGAGGAGAUGCCAGCCUUCCCCACCAUCUGUUCCCAGCUUCGCUCGCCCUCAGCUCUGAGAGGGAACUGGGAGAGGGAACUGGGAGAGGGAACUGGGAGAGGGAACUGGGAGAGGGAACUGGGAGAGGACAGUUUCCAGGGACCCCCAGCACUGCUGGGCAAACUGGGGCCACCCCUUCCCACCGGGCUCCUGGCAGGAGCAGGAAAUGUGUGCCAGUGAGGGGAAAAGAAAAUCUGAUUGGAGUCCUGGAGGGGAGCAGUGACAGCUUUGUGCCUCAGUGUCCCCAUCAGGACGGACUCAGGACAGGUUUACUUCACCUCUGCCAUGGUUACACGUGCUGGCAAUGGGGAGGGUUUAAAUAGCACAGGACAGAGCAGUGACACCGUGAAGGACAAUCAGGUGUUGUCCACCUUGGCCCAGCUCUGUGCUGAGGCCAGGGGAGCACAGGGACACUCGGCUUUGGCACAGGGCUCUGUUUCAUCACACAGCCUGUUCCUUUAGAGUGACCCUGACCUGCAGAACAGCACAGGAGAAAAACUCCAGAACUCAGAAGAUAAUUAAAUCCCCUUGUUUGAUUUCAUGUGUGCUUAGAGGUAAAGAAAAGCUGAUUUAAAGAGUUUAGCUUAUUUUCUUCCCUUUUUAAUACAAAUGGUUUACUAGCAGUAAAGAGCUUGGGGAAUGUAGAAGUCCCCAUCACACUGACCAAUGCUUCUUUGUCUUAAUAUUCAGAAAUGCUAUUUCUUAUUGGCAUAUCUGGAGCAGGUUGUGAGAAAUGUCAGAAUGCAUAAUGGUUUUAAAUGAAGGCCAAGGACACGACAUUGUCCUUCAAAAAAAAGUAAAAUCAGUUUCUCAGUCUGUGAUGCUUAGCCAAACCCACAGCAUGCUGAUUUUCUGUUCAAAUGUCUUUAAAAUACAAUUUGAAGCUGUUCUGAUAUGCUUGUUCCUGAAGGAAAAUUCCAAAACUUUUUAAAAUGUACUUUACAAAUAAUUAGGGCUGUAACAUUCUCCAGCCUGUGAUAGGGAAAUGUGCCUAUGGAACAUUACUGCAGAGUGCUAAAAUAUCCAGUCUAAACUCUUGGCAAUUAAUUCUGUGCCAAAGCUGCAAAUGAACCAGCUUUUCACUCUUGUUCUUCAUCUUUAAUUAGAGUUGGACAAAAAACAGGAACAUCGUGACAAAAAAUUCUUCUCCCCAUUUUUUUUAAAUUUCAAAACUGUUUGAUCAUCUGGAGCAUUGGCUCCAGCACAAGUGCUAUGCAUCUUCUACCUUUGUGUCAGCGUUCGUUAUAAAAAGAACUGGUAAUUAGAUUAGUCCUGUGAGCAACAGUUGCUUAUCUAAGAAUGUGUUUGACAGGCUGAGCCAUAAAUAAGGAGCUGUACGUGAAUAUAAGGAGAAACCAAGACUUACCAAAUAAAACCUAAGCUCAUUUCCAUGUUCUGCUAGCUAAUAAAUGCUGUAGGGCCAUCCAUUUUGUCACUGUCUUUACAUUAAUGCUCAUUUAUUUCAUGUAUCACUUAAUUUUUUUAUCCCACAACUAGAGCUUGAUUCUAAAGCCCUUGUCCAAUAAAAAUAAAAUUAAAAUAUCA